AUGUCCACACCCGACAUAGGGAGGUUGGAUCUUUCAGAACCAGAAUCAGAGAACGAAGACCUCUUCGCGUCCCCUUCUCGUGCCUCCAAACCAAGCCAGAAGUCCCCCGCCAAACAGCCCGAGAGUAGUCUUGCGCCGGCGCAACGGAGCGGCGAGUCCAAAUACGAUGCCGAGCAAGCGCGAGAGGUUGCCCUGCAACGCGAACUGGAGGGCGUAAGGAACAUCAAUGAGGUCAUCGAGAGGGUAGUUUCCAGCCUGGAAACGGCGAGGGGAAAUAUGGAUACGGUUUCGCGUACAGUCACAUCGGCAUCUACACUGCUUAAUACCUGGACCCGGAUCCUCUCACAAACAGAGCACAACCAACGGCUAAUCCUCAAUCCCAACUGGCAGGGCGCAAGCCAGGAUCUUGCAGACAUGGAGAAUGACUUGGUGCUGAAGGCACAGGCGGCUGAGAGGAGGGCGGCAGAGGAGGAGAGGAGAAGGGAAGAAACUAGACGUAGAGCUGAGGACGAGGAGAGACAAAGGCAAGCUGGGACAGCUCUUGAGCGGAUCGUCGCGGGCAGGGUCACAGCUAGGUAG